CAGCAGAACAUUGCACGUUCCACACAGUUUGCUGAGGCUGGAAAGGGCUGUGUGGCGGCUCAGUUUUGGGUUUAUAACUCAAAUUUAACUUCAACUUCAAAAUUGUUUUUACAUAGAGAAAUUGCAUUAAUGGUAAGCUGCUUAAUUAAUCGUGGCCAGCAACAGUCCUUUUCUAGUGUCGGGUAGCACUCGUGCGGGUGGCGGGGCAUCUUCGUAAUCUCUUUCCACUUUAUGCCCAGAAAAUAUGCUUUUCUUUCUCCUACCUCGUCUUGCUGUCCCUUGCUGCAGCGAGAUUAUCAAAACAAUUACACGUUUGCUUCAUAUCUGAUUUCCAUGGAGAUUCACCCAACCGGCCAACCCCAACCCACCUUCAGGUUGUACCGUACGUGAUCAAAAUCUCACGGCCAAGUACGGGUUGCUGUCUGGAAAGUGUAGAUCAACCCCUCUGUGAAACGGCCACGGUGUUAAUAGCAAAGCCUAACGGCGUCCUUACUUUUUAAAUUUAUUUAUACACUUUUGGGACAUUAUCAAUUGUUUUUUUUAUGGUAAUAUUAUUGUGAACCAAUCGUGAAUAUAAUAUUUUUCUCAAUAUAAUAAGAAUGAAUAUUGAAUUUUUCCAAUAUUUUUUGAAGAUAAAAUCGAUAAUAUUCUCGUAAUGUAGUUGCAGUAUUUGCAUCACGUACUUCGAAUAUUCAUUGAAGAAAAUAUGAUAUUUAUAUUUGGUAAAUGUUCUAUCCAUAUAAUGUGACCCUCUCCCCAAACCUUUCCUUCACGGAAGGUUCACGUGAACUUGAAGGUGCUGAUAGAGGAUGACCUUGCGAAGAUGGUUUUGGAUGGGGAUGAUUCCAGUUCGGACAUGGAGGAGGAUGCCCAUAACUUUGAGUUGAAGAGCCGUUCUAUUCCAGAUGAGAGACUUGAGCCUGCUAUGCUUGGGAAGGGUCGUGUGCGACGUGCUGUUGAAGUUUUGGAGUAUAAGGCGACGAUGAAGCUCUUUAAAACCGAUCGAUGUGGGCUUGCGGGCAUGGAGCACGCUCAGGAUGGGGUGAUGUCUGAGAACCUACAUCUUAAUGUGUAUGGCUCUAAUAAUGGUCAUCUGGUGGUGCGAUCAAGAAAACGAGCGCUUCAGGAACCGGAGGAUGAUCUGGGGCAGGACCCACCUCCCAAAAGACAGUUUACUGAGGAGGCAGAGAAGACUGAAGAGGUGGAGGUAGCCAACCCUGAAUGGCUCUAGACGGAUAAAUGAGGAUGUUGGCCUGGAAUGUGAGAGGGAUUGGCCCAGCCCUCACAUUCCGUACUGCUUUAGGUUUAUUGCAUCCUAAUAAACUUGAUAUUGUUUU